CACAAACCCCUACAUUAUAUAAAACGGAUCGCCCCCGUUGUUUUGGUGGGUUGCGAGUCGAACGACUGUCAGACCUAAACAGUUUCACGGGCCCUCGGUUGCAGUGACAGCCAGGCUCAAGAACACGUCACCAUGCACGCCAUGAUGAAAACCCUGACCUUUGUCCUCUUCGUGCUGCAAUGCACCCUGGGAGCCAGGAGGGAAGACAACCAAUGGCUGAUCAGCCGGGAAGAUGCCGGAGAUCCGGACAAUCAGGACUUUGCUCGCCAGAACUUCCACGAGGACUGCGAAGCCGGAAUCAACAAGCAGAUCAACCUGGAGAUGUUCGCCGGCUACACCUACAGGUCCAUGGCGUCCUACUUCAACCGUGAUGACGUCGCCCUGAAGGGUGUGGCAGAUUUCUUCCGUCACCACUCUGAGGAGGAGCUGGAGCACGCCCAGCUGCUGGAGGAGUUCCAGAACAAGCGCGGCGGGAGGGUCGUCUACGAGAACCUGAGGAAACCCGAGAAGGACACCUGGGGUAGCGCCCUGGAGGCCAUGCAGGCCGCGCUCACCCUGGAGAAGAACGUGAACCAGCGUCUCAUCAACCUGCACAAGACCGCGGGCCAGCACAACGACAUGCAGAUGCAAGACUUCCUGGACUCGCACUUCAUGACUGAGCAGGUGGAGGGCAUCAAGCAGAUCGCUGACUACAUCACCAACCUGAAGCGCGUGGGGACCGGGCUGGGCGAGUACAUGUUCGACCAGCACACCCUCAGCGGCGGCAAGUAGGGGCGAGUGCGACUCACACCGCGACACUCGUUGACUUUGAAACCUUCACCGCACGAAAUCUUACCUUUAAGCACGUCUUAAACCAUGCAUAAAGGUGACGUUCAUUGGUCAGUUUGUACACAGUUAAUAGAAUUUUGAUCAAGCAGUGACUACUUCUUAAAGGUAAACUUUUAAAGGAAAACGUGUUUAAGAAGUGGUCAUUGCUUGCUGAAAAUUCUAUUAACUGUAUAAAGGUACGUUUGGGUGUCGAAAGUGUGCCUUUGAGUAUGGUUUGCAAAAGCCUUUGUGUGCUUAAAGAUACGAUUUCGUGCAGUGACUUUGGUAGGAGAGAGUACAACUGCCGCGCCGCCAUUAUGAGUAUCUUA